AUGCUCAGUCGUGCCGUGUCAGCUCCUGCGAACCAUGCUUACGCCCGGGGGAUCCUGCGAUAUGACGAGGAGCCAAUGCCGGCGCUGAGCGGCGUCAAAUUUGCACCUCUUCCAGAAACGGAGAUGUGGGCUAAGAGGGAGAAGUUUCACAAUCGUCUGGGUGUCGCCGCCCGCCAAAAUAUCAUCAACCGACAACGGCAGCGACCGGGGGGCACAAACUACACCCUGAGUUCUGCAAGAAUCCUAGAAGAGAGACUUGCUGCAAAGAGUGCCGACAACAAAAGCGAAGCACCCCUCGGUUCGAAUACGGCCACGUCGAGCUCGCCGUCAGACUCCCUGACGGUCCCGAAAGAGGACCUGGAACUCCGCCGGUCUGCCUCAGAAGACGGAACUGUGAACACUCAGGCGGCGCACAAGCGUGCCAGAGUCGGCUCACUCAAGUUUUGGAAGAAGCCGAGCAAACGGCCAGUCCUUUCGACAGUCCCGUCCCAAGCAGAAAUAUAUAAGACAGAGUCCCGUAUGGAGACAGAGGAGUCUAGUCCAAACGUUACUCGUCCAGAGAUGUCGAAUACCGACGCCGUAACAGCCACCGAAGCGGGGCAGCCGCCGGCAACUCGCGGGGCGGCAUCGGAGACUCCCGUAGAUCUCAAAUAUAGUGAAGAAGGCACCGAGCCUUCAGUUGCUGCUCCUCCCACGCCGUCCGAAGAACAGGAGAAUACGCCCAGCAUAGUCGUCGUACCAGCGUCAAUUCCAUCAACACCGCGGAUGCAUGCCCAAUUCAUUGAAUCAGGAGCGGAGGAAGAGAAUGAGGUUGCGAAGAACAAAUCGACCGCGAGUCUCGUUCAAAACACGACCCCCAUCGACAGUGUUUCCUUGUGCCAAAACCAACCUAGUACCGAACGCAUGCCCGAAAGCUAG